UUUGUACAUAAAAAUAAAUUUAUUUGAAAAAACCGUUUGGGCAGUUAAUUGAAAAUAAAAUGACUCGUGGUAACCAGCGUGAAUUGGCCCGUGAGAAGAACAAAAAGAAAAUGGAACAAUUGAAGAAGAGUCAAGGAAAGAGCGGGGAUGUCUCAACCGAGAAGAGGAUGGAAACGGAUGCCGAAAAGAUGCGCGAAAAGCAACGGAAAGCAGCCGAGAAAAAAGCUGCUGAUGAAGCUGCCGCUGCUCAACAACAAUCCAAAGUUGUGAAGGUGGAUCCGUUGACGAUGAAGGAAUAGGGAGAAAAAUUUGAGGAUAUUGCAAAAAGGAAGAAAUGAUGGAAAGAUA